AUGAAAAUCGAGGAUAUCACCGACAAGAUAGAAGAGGCCAUGAACCUGGGGCAGGCCUCGUCGGAAUCUCAACCCGGCGCAGCAGAUGCGACAAAACCUGAACUCCCACCAGCCCGCGCCAUAACCAGCGGAAAGACAGUCGAUGAAGUAUGGCAGGACCUCAACAAGUCGCCGCUCUUCAUGACAGAGCUCGACGAUACCGAGGAGAAUGUCGACCUCGCUGCGCUGCAGGCUCUUGCCUAUGAGGGUACGCCCCUAGAGAAUGGCCAGGAGUUCAAGGAGCGCGGAAACGAGUACUUCAAGAUCAAGAACUACGUUGACGCAAAGGAGUUUUACGGGAAAGGAGUUGCUAUCCUCGCCGGUGAAGAGCGCAAGCGCGCUAGGGGCGAGCAGACCAAGAAUCAGGAGGGUGUCGUUGACACGGAAGAGGAGAUUCAGAAGCAGCGCGAGACUCUUGAGGCGCUGUACGUUAACCGUGCUGCGUGCCAUCUCGCUGUCAAGAACUACCGCAGCUGCUGGCUGGAUUGUGCUGCGGCGCUGCGUCUUAACCCGCGGAACAUCAAGGCUUACUUCCGCAGUGCGCGCGCCCUUCUCGCUGUGGAUCGCAUCGCAGAGGCUGAUGAUGUUUGCGCCCGCGGUCUUUCGCUAGACGAGACAAAUGCGUCGCUGCGCGCUGUGGCGGACGAUAUUAUCAAGCGAGCCAAGGAGAUUGACGCGCGGAAGAAAAGGGAUGCUGAGCGUGAGGCUAAGGUGAAGCGAAGAGCGCUGCUCAUCAAGGCUGCUCUGCGGGCGAGGAAUAUCCCCACGCGCACAACAGCGCAGCCGCCAGAGAUGGAAGAUGCAGCAAUCGCACUCCUCCCUGACCCUGAUGACCCACGAAGCACGCUUGCGUUCCCAACGGUGCUGCUGUACCCUCUGCACCUGGAGUCUGAUUUUGUCAAGGCCUUUGAGGAAACACAUUCGCUCGAGGAUCAUCUGAGCUACAUCUUCCCUCUGCCGUGGGACAAGGAGGGUGCGUAUACGACUGCAAACGUGGAGGCGUUUGUGGAAACUGCACAGGGCGGUUUGCUCAAGAUGGGCAAGCGGGUGCCUCUGCUCAAGGUCCUGGGCACGGGCAAGGUUGAGGUGGUAGACGAGGUGAUGAGGAUCUUUGUCGUGCCCAAGAAUAAGGCGGAGGCGUGGACUAAGGAGCACAAGGCAAAGAGGGCGGCUGAGAAGGGAGAAGCGAAAUGA